CUGUUGUUCCUCCGUCUCUCUCCUCCUUUCACUGGGAUCUUCUUCACCUCCGUCUCUUUCCUCUCUUCUCGGGCUCCGGAGAAGAAAACACAACCAUGUUCACGCUGCUGGCGCUGGCGUCGCUCGUCCUCCUGGGAACCGUGCCGGACCAAUCACAGGCCAUCGUGAUCUACACCGGCUGGGAGCGCCACGCCCUGCUGGGCUCCGACGUGCGUCUCUCCUGCUCCUUCUUCUCGUGGCGCUGGACCUCCGACGACGUCACGUUCUCCUGGACCUACCGGGCCGACGGGGCCCGGGACAGCAUCUCCAUCUUCCACUACACCGGGGGCGUGGCCUAUGUGGACAACAAGGGCCCCUUCAGGGACCGCGUAGAGUUCGUGGGGAACCCGGGUCGCCGUGACGGCUCCAUCCUGCUGAAGGGCCUCGAUUACCAUGACAACGGGACCUUCACCUGCGACGCCAAGAACCCCCCCGACAUCGUGGGCCGGCCCUCCAGCGUCCGGCUGCUGGUGUUUGAGAAGGUGCCCAUCCAGGCGGGCGUGAUAACGGGCGCCAUAGUGGGCGUGGUCCUGGGCCUGCUGGUCCUCGUCGUGGUCAUCUACUACCUGAUGAGGUUCCUGGUGGCGCGCCGCGUCUUCAGCCUCAGCGUCAGUAAACAUGGCAAGAAAAAGAAGGAGGGAUCACAGCAGAGACAGCUCUGGACACCGCCCCCCCUCACUUGCUACCCCCUCCCCUAAAAGGACUCUCUCUCUCUUUCUCUCCCCUCUCCCUCUCUCUCUCUCUCUAAAGGUGUUUUUUCUCCUCCUCUUCACACAGCUCCACCUGCUAACUCCA